ACCCCUAUCUUUUUUUCCCCAAACAAAUGUGAGAAAAAUGUGAAAGGAGGUCUAGUUGCAACACAGGACCAGCUCUAAAAGUAAAUAGUGCCGACAAAAGUACUAUAUGUUAUGAAAGGCUGAGGGAGUCACAAUUUUGAGAUAGCCAGGCGUAAAACCAACUAUAUGUAUUUCCGGUAGAUCUACAUGUGAAAAGCAAGUUAUAAAGCAUGUAGGAGUAUGUGGAAGUUUCCCGCGAAAAAAUUAAGUGAAAUGUUCGAUAAGACCGAGGUGCCUGAUAAGCCCAAGACUUCUGACAAGCUUGAAAAGUUUCUCCUUAGUGAGGAAGCGAGUGAUAUCUUCGAAGUACCGAUAUCUAAUGCUAAUAACAAUCGAGUUUCUUCUCUUGCGGAUGAAAUUCCUAAUUCUCGGAUCAAUAAGCAUCGAAAAACUUGACAAUUUGCCAAGUGAAUGUUGC